AUGGACGACGAAACGAAGUAUGCCAUUGGUGAUGACUAUGUCAUGGAUGAUGACUCUUGCAUAACAUUUACAAAAACCUCCGAUCUAUAUCCUAUGAGUUGGUCCCUCAAAAAGAAACUAACCCAUACGGCACUCUAUGGACUCGUCACUUAUGCUGCACAACUCAAUUCUACUUCAAUGGCAGCACCAGAGCUUCCUCGAAUCUUCCAAGAACACUUUGGCAUUUCGAAGGAAGUGUCGCUUCUUCCAAAUUCUUUCUACCUUUUGGGUAUUGCUUUCGGGCCCAUGGUAUUUGCUCCACUUUCCGAGGUAUACGGUCGUAAGGUGGGAGUGUUGGUUCCAUUCAUGAUUUCCGCCAUCUUCACAUUCAUGGUAGCCUGUAGUUCGAGCGUGGCUGCAAUCAUCAUUUUCCGAUUCUUCGCAGGGUUCUUCGCAGGUGCACCCAUUGUUUCUAGUGGAGGGGUUUUGUCGGAUAUCUGGGAUCCAAGCCAGAGAGGCAUGGCGUUGGGAUUUUAUGCAUUUUUCGUCUCCAACGGUCCCUCAUUUGGACCCACCAUCUGUUCACUUUUGAUAUCAGCAGACUCCACCUCAGACGCAUGGAGAAACCCUCAAUACUUUUGCGGUGUGCUCAACAUAAUCUUGUUCGUCAUUUGUGAAUAUGCAUGUUCUGAGACCUUCGCACCCGUUCUUUUGGCCAAUGAAGCCAAAACCCUCCGUAUCCAGACCGGAAACUGGGCCAUCCAUAGCUCACAUGAUGAGUGGCAGCUCACAACUCGAGAGUUGACUCAUGUUCACCUUCUCCGGCCGUUCAAGAUGCUUUUUUCUCCGGUGAUCUUUAUUAUUGCUUUGUUUGCAAGUUAUGUCUUUGGUGUCUACUACUUGUUGAUUGCAGGCAUCCAUGAGACGUUCUACAUAACCAGAGGCUGGACAGGAACCGUCGGAACAUUGCCUAAUAUUUCGCUCGCAUUUGGUGUGACUAUUGGACUCUUGAUCAACAUCGCUUUUGCCAGAGCAUACGGAAAAAGGAUUAGAGCUGGCAAUGGCCAACCACUACCAGAAGAACGUCUUCCUCCUCUUAUGUAUGUAGCUUGGACGAUGCCCUUUGGUAUUUUUCUCUUUGCAUGGACAAAUCGGAACAGUGUGCCUUGGAUAGUGCCUUGUAUUGGUAUUGCCUUUGCAGGUUGUGGAUUUGUCAAUAUAUUCCAAGGGUGUCUUAAUUAUUUGGUGGACACUUAUCGUACUUAUGCCGCCUCUGCAAUUGCUGCUAAUACAAUUCUUCGUUCGGUAUUUGCUGCGGUUUUCCCGUUGUUUACAUCGCAACUCUUUGAGACCUUGGGAGUUCACUGGGGUGGAAGUCUUAUUGGGUUUAUUGCACUUGCAAUGAUUCCGAUUCCAUUUGUUUUUUAUAGAUAUGGUGCUGAAUUUCGUGCGAAGAAUGUUCUAGUACUUGAAGAACACUAG